CCACCUUGAAGGAGCACCUACUGCAUCUUAUUCCAACUUCCAGAUCAUUUGGGGUACGGUGUAACUACUCUCCGAUACCAGCCUCCAUUGACUCAUGGGGGAGGGGCGGUGGUGUUCAAUGUGCCGGGACAUCCAGAAGCUCGAUUUCACUAAGCCGAACAGAGUUACAACGCGGCCUCGCUAUUCACGCUAGCUCCCCCUCCACAACCCCCACGACGCGUCCCACUCACCACCGACUUCCGCGGCCCGCCUACAUUCAUGACGCCCCUCGCAUCCACGAUAACCUCCGCGGAGUUCACUCAACUUCUUACCCGCUACGCCAAUGCCGUGAUCGCCGCCACCCGCCCAAAUGCCAAACCCGAGCCGGUAGCAACCCUCGACUCCUGGCGGCGUACGGAGCUCCCCGCCACGAUCGCGUCGCGGUCCCCUCCACACAUGACGAAAGCGGAGCUAUACCGGCUUGUCGACUGCAAACUCAAACGCGGCAAAAACCGGCCGAUACUGCGACUGAUCGAAGGGAACGCAGAAGAUUUCGUGGUAUCCACGACGACCGCAGCGUUCGCCGGCGACAUCCGCACGUCGUUCGCGACGCUGCUCGCGCUCCGGGGGGUAGGCCCCGCUACAGCUUCGUAUCUCCUCGCUGCGCACAGGUUCCCGCACGUACCAGUGUUCAGCGAUGAGGCGUUCCGCUGGGUCGUUCAUGACGCCGACUGGAUGGCAAAGAUCAGGUACGAUGCGAACGAGUAUUGGGAUUUCUACGAGAAGGUGCAAAAGAUUGCCGCACGGCUGGAGGUGGACGAGGAGGAUGUCGAGCGUGUCGGAUUUGUGCUGGGUCGCGAGGCGCUGGAGAAUGGCAACGGUAAAACUACGUCAUCGUCUGCGGUAGCAGCGCCGGUGGCGGAUGGUGCUCCUACGGCGGCGGGCAAGAAGCGGAAAUCUGCGGCAGAGACGCGGGAGCACGAGGAUGAAUUCGCUGCAAACAAAGUUAAGGCGGGAGGGAAUACAAAGAGGCAACGGUCGAAAAAAACAGCGACCACCACGGACCUCCAGCCCGAAGUAUCUGCAGCCAGCACUACUCGCUCAUCAUCGUCACGCGUUCUCCGGUCCCGAAAGACGGCUGGAAACGGUGCAUGACGGGGGAUACUGUUGUUUGGCAGUCAGGUUUCCAUUACAUACCGCACAUUUCUCCCUUUCUCCCGCAGGGUAUUCUUGCUUCUUCUGCUUCAUCUCAUUGUUCCCUCGGUUUCGACCAUGCCAGCUAAAGUCUUUUGCGCGUUGCGCACUCUAUCUGCCGGGCCCGAAGAAGCAUACAUAUGGUUGGGGACGCGUAAAAUAGGAAUGAAAAAUGCUCGCCCCCCGCCUGGCUUUAU